UUUUGAUUUGUACUACACGGCCAUUGUCUCCGUCUCUCUGCCGCGCGAAGACACAUCCACAAAACUUAUUUCCCCUUGCUUGCAUGGGUCAAUUCAUUCACGAAAGCAUGGAAAAAUCUCCACCACACCGCAAAAAUCCUCUCUCACAGGUAGGUACCUCUACUUACUUACAUACACAAGACACGCCUACUGCACAGCUACAGCCGGCCCUCCGCCUCGUGCACCCAACGAAUGAGUCAUUCAUUCAUUCAUAGACUGUUGUGUGGGUCAUCUACCAUCUAUCUGUCUCUCUAGAUGCCUUUGAGUGCUGCUAUGGCCUGCUCCAGCGCCUGUCUCUUGGCUGGCGACAGGCUCUCGAGCUUGGAGAACUGACGGAUCGCCGAUCGCCGGGUGGAUCCAGGGACGUCACUGUAGGCUGUCCGCAGCACUUCAGCAAAUCCCUUGGCUGUCCCACCUCCACGUGCAUACUGUGUCAGUCUGGCCCGCACCAGGGACUUCUGCGACUCCUUCAGCCCGACAUCUAGCAGCUGAUCCACGGUGGUGGCACUUCCCACGGCAGCAGCCUUCGAGCCGGGCAGAGAGAGAGACGACGGGAGGAGACUGACGGGCGGAGGCGAGAUAGGUCUUGUAGCAGCUGAAGGUGGCCUCACAGCGGCUCUCUUUGGUGGGGGGGGAGGAGGCGCCCUCGGCACUGAUGGGGACGCUGCCCUAGCUGCAGGGGGCUUGGGGGCAAGUGCACGUGACGCGGGACUCAGGAUCGGGCUGAACAAGGCCGUCAAGUUGAACUGCUGCUGCUGCGGCGGCUGCAGCUUGGCCGCUCUGUCAGUCGACUUUCUGGCUUUGUUGUAGGCAAGUUCCAGCUGUUUCCUCUUGGCGGGCUCAGGCAGCUGGCGCAUUAGAGGCUCGAUGAUUUUCCUGGACAGUAGGACAAGCCAAGACAAGGUGGGGAGCGAGACAUAGGACGCGACUCUGUGCUCUCGACGACACUACCUUCCUCACCCAUAGUUCGAGCCAAACAGCUCCUUGACCCUGGCACUGAAGCGAUCGGCACUCAUCUGGUUGCUCCGAAAGCUUAAAGGAGCACACAGGAUGAGCGUAGGGCCACAGGCGCACACUCUCGUGCGGUCUUGUACGUACGCGUACGUACGUACCCGAGUUUGCCCCUCCUCACCUGUCUGUGAUUUGUUGGAACGUCCUGAUCUUGGCCGCAUCAUUGUUGAGAAGAGACACCGCAGACUCGAAGAAGCUCCCAUCCAUGCCGUUGAGCCGUAGGGGAAUGGCUCGACCCCCCCGCACCGGCCGCUUCGAAGGUGACAGACCAAACAAAGCCGACAGAACGCUACCAGCAGACGGCUGAUCGCCUUUCGGCGGAGCUGCCGUCGGCUUGGGCGUCGCUGGCUUUGACGCCUUGGGCUUCGGUGGAGCAGCAGUGUCUUGCUUCACCGCAGCCUGCGUGCACACCAGGGAGGGAGACAGGGACAUCGACAGGUAGCAAAACCCAAGAAAGAACAAUCAUCGCAUACAUGCGCAUUGCAAUGAUCGAGGAGCUGAUGCAGUGCACGACGCGUGCAGUUGUGCUUGUCAGGGUGUGAUUGACUCACCGGCAAACGGGGUAUGGAGAGUCCGGAGGGGAGGGAAAAACCGGGGAAGGCAGAGCCGGCUCCUUUCUGGCUCUCCUUUCCAGGUGGCGUAGGAGUCACUGCGGCCGUCUUCCGUGAAGGCGGUGCGGUGGGCGGUGCUUUUGUCCCAGGAGCGGAUGGAGGCUGCUGCUUGAGCAUUUUGUCCAAGGGACCGAGAACCGCUGUGAAAUUGAACCCACUUGGCUGAGGCACCUUGGUCACCGGACGGUCCGUGGGUGCGGCUUUGGUCGCAGCUCUUGGCAGGCUGAGGAGGCUAAGGGGGCCCUCUUGCUCUUUCUGGGCGGGAGGAGGGGUUGUUCCAGGGGAGGGGGUAUCUGCUAAGGCAACACAGAUACAGCAGACAGACAGAUGGCACAUAACUGCUAACCCGCAGCCACUUGCGCACACGUGGCAGCACACUGGAUCUUACCUCGCGCUUCGAGGAGAGCUUUCAGCGCCGGGCUUGGUUGGGAAGGCGGCUUCUUGGGGGAAGCUCCCUCUUGUAUGGCCUGGCUGACUGAAGACUUGACCUUUGAGCCAAUGGAACCAACGAUAGAGGUGACUGCGCUCACGAUUUCCUCUGCCGUCGGCCCCUCCUGCGGCACCACUUCCUCCUUCCUGGGAGGUGGCGCUGUCGAGGCCACAGGGGGAGGAGCAGUGACAGCCUCCUUCUCUGCAUGCAUGAUCAGCAUGCAACACAGGAAGCAAAGAUUCAUGGUGACACAAAACAACACGUGCUGCCUGUGUGUGCGGUUGUACCUCUUCCCUCCCUCACGACUACGGGUGCAGGUAAGCUGGUCGUUUGAGGCUCCACUUCUGGCACUGGCUGCUCAGUUUGCAGAACAGGGGCUCUCUCUUCCGGAGGCAGUGACGCCGAAAGCGGCGCGGCAGACGGCUGCAACGUGGGAGUCUGUUGGGCGGGCGUCGCCUCAGUGAGGGAGGGGGCCUGCGUGGUCUCCUGCUCGGUGGGCUCCACAGGUGGAGCAGCAGACUCCCCGCUCACCGCAAUGCCCACCAUUUCGCUGGUCUCAUUGUCGGCUGACGGCGCAUCAACAGUUGCACCAGAGUCGUUCAGCCGGGGCCGAAGCAGCUCAGUGUCAUUGGCGACGGAACUCUGCGGCUCAUAAUCCUGCUUAUCCUCCUUCGCGAUCUCAACGCCAGUCUUGGUGGCCGUCACCGCACUCGCAAUCAGCCCACCGACAACAGGUGCGUCAGAUGCCUUGUCGAGCACACCAGCCGUGUCCUGUGAGGACAUGGUGUCUUCUCGUGAUGCGCCGCCCCUUCGAUCCCGGCUGACGAAAGACCGAAGACGCGCGAAGACCCCAGGCUUGCGCGCUGGGGGUGCUGGACCCUUUGCCCUCGGCUUCUCCUCUUGAGGGGCGGCUGGUGGCUUAUCGGAUGCUUGCUCGCCGGCUACCACAUCAACGUCAAGCACAGCAGUCUUCUCAUCCAGAGCAAAACGGCGGGACGACCUAUGCACUCCUGACAGAACACACACCACCCAAUUGUUCUUGGCAGACCAAUGCUCGAAGUGCGUUCACCUCCGGAUAGGGAGCCCACUAAAGAGAGCCGAAAGCGGUCCUUGUAGGCAAUUGGAAUGCGGAAUCCAGCUGCAAGCUGACCAAGGCAUGCUCCCAAUAGGAAUGCCCAAAUCAUGAGUGAAGCAGAUCUGGCAUACAGGCGUCUCGCUGGAAACGCUAAAGAUCCGCUGAAGAUCCGCGUUCUUAUGUCACUGCUGCUGACCUGUAGCUGCUCAGGCAGGCAACAGGACGCAAUAGCAGAUCAAAAGCAGCAAGCGAAAACCCG